AUGCGUGUAGCGGAUGACUUACACGCACUACGGCGAAUUAUGCCGUUAGCAGCUAGAGAAGUUAGGUUCAGUCGGGUCAGCGACUGGACUAUAAUGAAGGAGGAAACCGUUCUCUCGUAUUUGGUAAGAGAGGAGGUGGAAAGAACGAUGAUAGAAAUUCAGAGGGAUCGCAUUGUUAAAGUAACAGUGAUAAUAAAGGACAAGGAGAUUAUGAAAAGUUGUGUGCUAGUUAACACAAGGUUGGGGGAUUAUAAGUGUUGGGCAAAGGGAAAAGAAGACAAAUCGCCAUGGAGGGGGGACAAACCUGAAGUGUCCCUCACAUUUGACAUCAAAAGUGGGGAGAGGGAAAGAGGGACUUGCACCAGCCGGGUGGCAUGGCCGAGGAGACGAGACUGCUGUCUCGCUGGCGAACUGCCUCUGACAACACCUGAUGUCACGCACAUGGACUAUGAUUUCUGUCAUUACUCCGACAAUAAUAUAGAAGUACCUCGCGAUUCUGGUCCUAACGCGGAUAUUUCUGCCUUGGAUACAACUGCAUUCUUUGAACCGGUGGAGCUAAAUGGCAGUGGUACACACGUGUUAAAGACACUAACUGGUGAUACAGUUCGAAUCAAUCCAUCUGAAGAAAUAGAUGUCAAUGCAUUCACAGAUAAUACAGUUGAAACUCCUCGCGGUUUCGGUGCACAUCCUACUAGUGCAAACUAUGGACCUACGGCGGAUGUGUGUGAGUCUUGUGAUGAGCAACAGAGCAAAAAGGAUGGUUACGACUGCAAGAAGCUGGAGGAGUUUAUAAGUAAUAUCAGGAAGGAUCCCAAGUGGGCGCGUUCUCUACCGUAUGUUAAAUUGAAUGCUUCGAUAUCAAAAGGCUUGUCUGCUUGCAAAGGUCUACCAGACGACUUCCGUUAUCCGUUGUUUGCUUCGUGGAAUAAUAUCCCUUUCCAAGCAUGUCGGAUUGUUGUGAAUCUAAUCUUUGCAUCCGCAUCAAAUCAGGCAAUUGCCACCUGCUGGCUUGGUAACUUGGAUAUCAACGUGCUGAGUUCAUCAUAA